CACCACUAGGAAGCACCCUAUCGGAGAUGAAUGAUCAGUGUUUGGAUGAAGUGUGAUAUUAUUAUAGUUAUGGAUGUUUUUCACUGUGUUUUUUAAAUAAAUGAUCUAGUGAGGCACGAAAUUUUUCAGAAACACGAUGGCAGUGCAAUUGUUUAAUAAAACUUCAAGGUUAACACAAGCUGUUGAACUUGUAAAUGGAUUGGAUGACUCCAAGUUUCCCCUCCUGUUGUCACGUAUACUUCAGAAGAUCCAUUUGAAGGAUGAAGAAACUUUCACACCUGAAGAGGAAUCAAAACUCCAAGUUUCAUUGUCUCUAGAUAAGCUGGAAUUAAAGUUUGUCCUUGAAUGUCUAUCAUUCAUAUUAGAACAGGCUGCUUACCACUUGGCAAAGCCAAAUGUCCUAUCUCAACAGCUAAAGCAACUCAAGAUGAAUGAAAAAAAAGUAUCAGCAGUUGUUGAUGCUUGGACAAAUAAUGCAAAAGAAGUAACAAAAAAACUACGAGAAAGAACUCUUGCACCAAAAGAGUUAUCGAGUGUGUCCUGGGAAUUGCAUAUGGAAUUAGCUCAGUCCAAUUUAAUAAAACAAAAGAGACUUUUGGGCUUGAUUGAGUUGGGACUAACUCCCGAAACUGAAGACAAGAUACAAAUACAGUUUGAUCACAAACAGUUGUUCUCUUUCUAUAAACAGCUGGAAACUAUCCAGUCCCAAUUAGAUUCCCUUCACUGAAAAUCUUGGUUGAACCGGAUUUCUGUCUUCUUUAGUGCUUGUAUGUACUGUUUAUUUGACAGUCAGGUUAUUUAUAAAAUAAUUACAACAGAUGUUUAAAGAAUCGUGAAAUUCUGCAGUGCAAAUAAUGUAUACAUUUUAAGUCUGUAAUACUGAAUAUAGAUAUCACCUAAACAUCAUUAUUAUAUUGUCUCCUGGCCCAUGGCUUAUGUACGAAGGUACUUCCUUCUAAUAAGGUGAAUAGGGUCUAGUAGUUUUAUAAUUAUGUAAAUCUGAUCAUUUAAAAAUCUUGACCAUUUAAUGGCACAAAAAAUGGUGAGUUAGUGCCAUUUAAUUUUGUUUAAUUUCCUCUUGAUUUGAGACAUUUAUGAAGGAUUUCUAAUGAACAUUAGACAUGUUUGUUGUCAUCUGUAUGUCUUAACUUGACAUUUUUUUAUAAUUAUUGAACAACUUUGUAUAAGAUGUACAUAUUGUCUUCUUCUGUAAUAUAAACAAUUGGAAAUGCUUAUAUUUUAGUGAGGCCUAAUUGAGAGGUUGAACAGGAUGUUAAGGUUUUAUGUAUUGUACAACAAAAAUUAUUUCAACAAAUGUCUACAGAUAAAAGAUAAUAAUACAAAAA